CAUUUUGUCACAGAGCCAGAGACAACUCACGCUCAUUAUUUACUUAAUAAGGCCGGUGGCUUUGGAUUUGGAGAUCUUGAGACCUGCCAGCUGCCCUGAACUGAGUUAAAGUUUUCUCCAAUCUCUCUCCGUUCCCUCAGCAGCCUUCCUGCCACUGAAGUGGGCGUUCUUUCUGUGGCAGUACACCAGCUCCCAGAAAAGAAGAAAAAGUACUGAGAGGUUAAAAACUUCAUUUGGAAGUGACUUAAGAGUUGAUCCUGGGCACUUUGGCUAUGUAUGCUCUCUAAAGGAAGUAGCAUUUGAGUUAGACCUUGAACAACAGUGCAUGCUUUUUGCUUCUCUUCCACAGUUUUGAAGAAAUACGUGGGAAAUACUCACCAAAAACCAUGUUGAGACAGCGAAAGAAUCUGCCGUGCAUUGCCCCGCUGCUGACCACGGUGGAGGAGACUCUGAACACCGUGUCUGCCCAAGUCCGAGGACACAUUCCUGAAUGGCUCAAUGGCUAUCUACUUCGAGUUGGACCUGGGAAGUUCGACUUUGGAAAGGAUAAAUACAAUCACUGGUUUGAUGGAAUGGCUUUGCUUCACCAGUUCAAAAUGGAGAAGGGCACAGUGACAUACCGGAGCAGGUUUCUCCAGAGUGACUCAUACAAGGCCAACAGUGCUGGAGAUAGGAUUGUGAUCUCAGAAUUUGGCACACUGGCUCUUCCUGACCCAUGCAAGAAUAUCUUUGAACGUUUCAUGUCAAGGUUUGAGGCACCUGUCAUGACUGACAACACCAAUGUCAACUUCGUACAGUACAAGGGUGACUACUACAUGAGCACUGAGACUAACUUUAUGAAUAAAGUGGACAUUGAAACUCUGGAAAGGAGGGAAAAGGUGGACUGGAGCAAAUUCAUUGCUGUGAAUGGAGCAACUGCACACCCUCAUUAUGACCCAGAUGGAACAGCAUACAAUAUGGGGAACACCUAUGGGCCAAGAGGUUCUUGCUAUAAUAUUAUUCGGGUUCCUCCAGAGAAGACAGGGCCUGGGGAGACGAUUCAUGGAGCACAAGUGCUGUGUUCUAUCACUUCUGCUGAGACUAUGAAGCCUUCUUACUACCAUAGCUUUGGAAUGACAAAAAACUACAUAAUCUUCAUUGAACAGCCUCUAAAGAUGAAACUGUGGAAAAUAGUCACUUCUAAAAUCCGGGGGAAGGCCUUUGCUGAUGGGAUAAGCUGGGAGCCCCAGUAUAACACACGGUUUCAUGUGGUGGAUAAACACAAUGGACAGACCCUCCCAGGAGUGUAUUACAGCAACCCUUUUGUUACCUUUCAUCAAAUCAACGCCUUUGAGGACCAGGGCUGUAUUGUGAUGGAUCUGUGCUGUCAGGAUGAUGGGAGAAGCCUGGAAGUUUACCAGCUACAGAACCUCAGGAAAGCCGGGGAAGGGCUUGACCAGGUCUAUAAUUCAGUGGCAAGAUCUUUCCCUCGAAGAUUUGUUUUGCCCUUAGAUAUCAGUGUGGAUGCCCCUGAGGGGAAGAACCUUAGUCCACUGUCCUAUUCUUCUGCCAGUGCUGUGAAACAGGGUGAUGGAAAGAUCUGGUGCUCUCCUGAAAAUCUACACCAUGAGGACCUGGUAGAGGAAGGAGGGAUUGAAUUUCCCCAAAUCAACUAUGGCCGGUUCAAUGGCAAAAAGUAUAAUUUCUUCUACGGCUGCGGCUUCCGGCAUUUGGUGGGGGAUUCUCUGAUUAAAGUUGACGUGGUGAACAAGACACUGACGGUUUGGAGAGAGGACGGCUUUUACCCCUCAGAGCCCGUUUUUGUUCCGGCACCAGGAGCCAGUGAAGAGGACGGUGGGGUUAUUCUUUCUGUUGUGAUCACUCCCAACCAGAGUCAAAGUAACUUUCUCCUUGUCUUGGAUGCGAAGAACUUGACAGAGCUGGGGCGAGCCGAGGUACCUGUGCAGAUGCCUUACGGGUUCCACGGCACAUUCGUACCCAUCUGAUGGCACAGCCAGGUCUGAGAUUCAGGUUCCAAUGAGUGCACUCUGUACAGAAGAGAAAACAGCGGGUCCCACCCAAAACUGCUGUAGUUUGGACCUGAUCCCGACCCCUGUGAGCUCGUAUUUUGAAUAGUUUGUUCCCAGCUUGUGGCACUAUUUUGGGAGGCUGUGGGAACGUUCGGGGAUGAGGGACCAGCUUUUGAAGCCCCUGGUUCUCUCAUGUCCUCUCUCUGCUUCCUGCCCACGACAAUGUGAAUGGCCUUCACUCCGUGCUCCCCACCUUGCUACAGAUGGGGUGCUCCACCAUGCCCCCCCCCACUGUGGUGGACUGUGACCUUGAAACUGUGAGCCAGAAACCGUGAGCUGAAGGAAAUCUUUCCACCUUGGGUUGUUCUGUCAGUUUGGUUUGGUUUUGCAGCAGCAGUAAAGUAACCCCAAACUGGAUAUAUUGUUUUACAUUUCUAUUAAAAACAUAAUUUGUGAGGCA